AUGAUAGUGGACUGUGACCCCAUGGCUAGAUUAAUGAUAGUCUCUACAACAUCAACAAUUAUUUAUAAAAUAAAUUUAGUCUCACUCUCAGUCAUUCUUCUCUCUCCAGAGUUUAAAGAGAUCCGACUCUCAGAGGGCUGUGAGGGGAAUCUGGAAGUGUUCUACAAUGGAACCUGGGGUAAUGUGUGUUACAAUCAGAUGGAUGAUGAGACGGUAAACAUGGUGUGUCGAGAGCUGAACUGUGGAAGACGAGGCAGUCUGUCAAACACUGAAGCACGAGUAAAAUCUGCUCCUAAUUGGCUGGAUCAUCUGCAAUGUAGGAAACACGACUCUAAUCUGUGGCAGUGUCCAUCUUCACCCUGGGGACAGAACAGAUGUGAUAAUCAUGAUGAAGUGGCUCGUAUUACCUGCACAGAAGAUGAAACGUCUCUACAGAUACAAGAAAAGUGCUCUUCAAUCCCCCCUCAGAAACACUGCUCAAAGCACUGGUCUCUCAGGCUGAGUGGAGGAAAGGGAAGCUGCUCUGGGAGGUUGGAGGUGUAUCAUAACUCUACGUGGGGCUCCGUUUGUGAUGAACGAUGGAACAUCAGGAACGCUCAGGUGGUGUGCAGACAGCUGGGCUGUGGGUCGGCGCUGAGUGCUGAUAGGAAUGUUUGGUUGGGUUCUGGUGAAGGGACUAUCUGGAUGAACAGAGUGAAGUGUCGAGGGGAUGAGAUUCACCUGUGGGACUGUCAUCAUUCCCUGAAGAACCACACUGACUGCUCUCAUGCUGGAGUCACCUGUGCAGACAUAUCCACCAUGUCCACUGCUACACCCACCACCACCACCACCACCACCACCACCACCAAAUCAGAUGGAAGAUAAUGAUGAUGUCAUCACUAUGGAACAGGAUGUAGGAGAGACAAAUGUGUCACUUCAACACCUGAAACUGUGUCCAACUACAAUAUACCCAGAAUGCACUGUGGCCUACAAACAUGACCAACCAUGGACUACAACACAGAACACCGUCACAUUCCUUGUUCUCCGUCUUAGCAAAAAGAUUAGAGAGAGUUAAUUCACACCUAUUGGUUCUUAACCAGCUGUGCUCUUCUUUCAUUACACUAUCAGUCCUAUAAAUAUUAUCACUCAGCUUAAAUAUCACUCACAUCUCACCUCAAUAAUCUCAGUGAUUAUUCAUUAUAGUCUAAAUGACUUUAAUCUUAGCUGAAACCUUUUGAAACAAAACAGUGAUGUUCACAUUCUUGUUUAACUGAAAUUUAUUCAUUUUGCACAAUAUUAUUGCCUUAUGUGUUCUGCUGUGCUGUGUUCACAUCCACCUUGUAAUAUUGAGCAGUUAAGAAGAAGCCUUUUGUACCAGGAAUUUCACUUUCAGCAGUUUUACUCUGUAUAAUUUUUAGUUUGUGACAAACAAGUGAAUCUUGACUCUAUUAUUCAGUGUUUUUAGAAAUGUGUUUGUAAUUAUAAUACCUUUUUUUGCUAUUUCUGAAAUAAAUACUAUUUUAAUAAAACAAA